AUGGUAUAUACGUUAUUCCUGCUGCUGCUUACGUUGCUGCUGCUGGGACUCGCGGGCUUGGCCUCUGCUUACUUGGCCGUGCUCUCGUCCGACCUGCCGCCCGGCACCGUCGUGUUCGAGGCCGGCGUGCCGCAUCUCGGCGGCAAGAGGAGAUACAGCGCGUCCCAGGACAGGACGGCGUGGUUCGCGCUCAGACUGCUCAAGGUUCAUCCGCACACCGGUCGAGUUACCUUGGCCAAGAGUCUCAACUGCGAUGGGCUCCAAUAUCCCAGGCUGUUCACGUUCUACAUCGACUCGACGAGUACGCGGCUGGGCCGAGUGACCAUCGACUAUUACAGUCUGCCGCUGCGCAUCCUCGUCACCGGCUGCGGAGGCGAGAACGUCGAUCUGGCCGCCACCAAGGGAUGGAUGGCCGAGACCCUGGCCUCCUACGCCAUGCCCAGCACCGACAAGUUCACCCAGGUCUGUCUCAGGACGUCGCAGCUGGUAGCCGCGCUCAGGGACUUUCUGCCCCACACGGCCCUCGAGCAGUGCGAGACUAGAUGGGGAGGAGUCGCGGAUCCGCGUUUUUUGAUCGAAGGUGCCGCGGGAGACUUGGUCUCGGCCUCGGAACAAUGCCUGGUCGAUCCUUUGUGGAAGAUAUCGGUAUCGAUGCAGCUGCGAUGCGCCACGACGUACUUGGCCGACGCGGAGCAUCGCCUGAAGAUCGUUUUCCAUCACCAGCAACUCGACGACUCGGAUCUGGGCCGCAGAGUCAGACGCGAGCUUCGAAAUCAGUCGCCGUUUUUCGAGCAAGCGCUCUACGUCGCAGCGGUGGAAGAAGAGAGGGAACCAGGAAUCGGAGUGACCACGGUCAGAGCGAGAGAUCCGGAAGGUGGCGUCGUUCGGUACACGAUGAGCUCUCUAUUGGACUCGCGAUCGCAGAAUCUCUUCAAUCUGGAUUCGGCGAGCGGCAAAGUCAGCACGACGGCUCGGCUCGAUCGCGAGAACGUGGACGUUCAUUACUUUCGAGUUCUCGCGGUGGACGACUCGUUUCCGCCUCGGACCGGAACGACGACGCUUCAGAUCAACGUCCUCGACGCCAACGAUCACGCGCCGAAUUUCGAGUCGCCCGAGUACGAGGCGUCGGUCCACGAGAGCGUGCCUCUGGGCUCGAGCGUGAUAUCGAUCAAGGCCACCGAUCAGGACAUGGGAAAGAACGCCGAGGUCGAGUACUCGAUCGUCUCGACCACCGGUGGCGGUACGACGACCAUGCUUGAGGAUCAAUCUACUUUCAGAAUCGAUACCCGAAGCGGCAUAGUAACGACCAGAACGACCCUCGACCGAGAAAAGACGGAAGUGUACACGGUGAUAGUCCAGGCGACGGAUCUCGCGACUCCCUCGACGAAUCGUCAGAGCUCCUCGGCUACGCUGGUCAUUCACGUGCUCGACGACAACGACAAUUAUCCGCAGUUCUCCGAGCGCACCUACACCGUCAACGUGCCCGAGGAUCUCGAUUACACGAUCAAUCCGGUGAUCGCCGAGAUUCGCGCCACCGACGCCGACACCGGCAGCAAUUCCGCCAUCCGCUACGCCAUCAUCGGCGGCAACACGCAGAACACCUUUCAGAUCGAUUCGACGAGCGGAGACGUGAUUCUGGUCAAGCCACUGGAUUACGAGACCGUGAAGAAUUACAAGAUCAUCGUCAGGGCGCAGGACGGUGGAAUGCCGGCCAAGUCAAAUACGACGCAACUAUUGGUCCGGGUCAAAGACGUCAACGACAACGUGCCUAGAUUCCACACGUCGCAAUUUCAAGAGGCCGUUUCGGAAUCGGUGUCCGUGGGUUACUCCGUGCUGCGGGUACAGGCGUACGACGCCGACGAAGGUCCCAACGCACUGAUAAGAUACAGCAUCGGAUCUCGCGAUCUCAGCGGAGGUUCCACCGAAGACUAUCCCGUCGUGGUGAACAACGAAACUGGAUGGAUUUACACGGUCAGACAACUCGAUCGCGAGCAGUGCUCCAAGUACCAAUUUAUCGUCAUAGCCAGCGAUUCCGGGGAACCGCCGAAAUCCGCCAGUGCCACUGUUCUGCUGACGGUCACGGACGUCAACGACAACGAUCCGUACUUCGAUCCCAAGAACUACGAGGUGGUCAUCGGCGAAGAUAAUCCGCCAGGCACUCCGGUCACGACGGUUACGGCCACCGAUCCCGACGAGGACGCCAGAAUACAUUACGAAAUUUCAUCCGGCAACACCAGAGGUCGUUUCUCCAUAACGUCGCAAAACGGCCGUGGACUGAUCACGAUAACUCAGCCGCUGGAUUACAAGCAGGAGAAACGAUUCGUUCUGACGAUAACGGCCUCGGAUUCGGGUGGCAGAAGCGAUACCGCUUUCGUCUACGUCAACGUGUCCGACGCCAACAACUUCGCGCCUGUGUUCGAGAACGCCCCGUACUCCGUGUCGGUCUUCGAAGACGCUCCCAUCGGCACGACGGUUCUGGUCGUUAGCGCCACCGACUCCGACGUCGGUCAAAACGCCCAGAUCCUGUACAGUCUGGGCAGCGAGGAGGGCGGCCUGGAAGCCACCGAGUUCGCCAUCAAUUCGCAAACCGGCGCCAUCACGACGACCAAGUUGUUGGACAGAGAGACCAUGUCGGGAUAUCUGCUGACGGUCACGGCCAAGGACGGAGGUGUGCCGCCAUUGAGCGACACGACCGACGUCGAGAUCUCCGUGACGGACGUCAACGACAAUGCGCCGGAAUUCGACGCGAUGCAGUAUCAAGGUUCCGUUAGAGAAGACGUGUUGAUUGGCACCAGUGUUCUGCAGAUCACGGCUUCGGACGUUGACGUUGGUCUCAAUGGAAGAGUUAAAUAUAUGUUGGAAAACGAUGGCGACAGCUCGUUCACGAUCGACCCAACGACCGGGAUAAUUCGGACUCAUAAGGCGCUCGAUCGAGAAUCCACCGCGAGAUACAAUCUCACAGCCUUGGCCAUUGACCGUGGAUCUCCGGCUCUAUCGAGUACCGUUUCCGUCAUCAUCAAACUCGAGGACGUCAACGACUCACCUCCUGCAUUCGAAAAAGAUAAAAUAACCCUCUAUAUACCGGAAAACUCUCCGAUCGGCUCUACCGUCGGAGAAAUUUACGCACACGACCCCGACGAGGGGCCCAAUGCGAUUGUACAGUAUUCUAUAAUUGGUGGAGACGAUGCAAGUAGUUUUCAAUUGAACACCCGUCCCGGAGCAGACCGGGCUGAGCUGAUAUCUCUCGUUGAACUGGAUUACGAGUCAACGAAGAAGAAAUUUGAACUGGUGGUAAGAGCUACGUCUCCGCCAUUGCGUUCAGAUGCUAUAGUUCAGGUUCUUGUUACCGAUGUUAAUGAUAAUGCACCAAAGUUGGAAGAUUUUCAGAUAAUCUUUAAUAAUUAUAAAGACUAUUUUCCUACCACUGCCAUUGGUCGAAUACCUGCCUUUGAUGCCGAUGUAACGGAUAAGCUCAUUUACACAAUAUUAUCCGGGAACAAUGCCAAUUUAGUUCACUUGAACAAAUCUACGGGAGAAAUAACUUUGUCUCCGCAAUUGAACACAAAUGUGCCUCGAAUAGCUACGAUGGAUGUGUCCGUGACUGAUGGAAUUAACGAAGUUAAAGCGACCAUGACUUUGAUGGUCCGAUUAGUGACUAAUAAAAUGUUGUUUAAUUCCAUAACGGUGAGAUUAGAUGAAAUGACGUUAGAUGCCUUCUUGAGUCCACUUUUAGGAUACUUUUUGGACGGACUGGCCGCUAUCAUUCCGUGCCCCAAAGAAAAUAUUUUCAUUUUUAGUAUUCAAGAAGAUACGGAUGUUCAAAGUAAAAUUCUAAACGUGAGUUUUUCAGCCCGGCGAGUCGAGCCAGGUUUGCACGACGAGUUUUACAGUUCGCAAUUUCUUCAAGAACGAGUUUAUUUGAAUCGCGGCAUUCUUGCUCGAUUAGCCAACGUCAAAGUUCUCUCGUUCGAAGACAAUCUGUGUGUCAGCGAACCUUGCCUCAAUUACGAAGAAUGCGUCACCGUUCUGAAGUUUGGAAACGCCUCGGGUUUCGCAAGUAGUAGUAGUGUACUUUUUAGACCAAUUUACCCCUUGACAACCUUCACUUGUCAAUGCUCGAAAGGAUUCACAGGCAGCAGAGAGGCUUACAUGUGCGAUACCGAAGUCAAUUUGUGCUACUCGAAUCCGUGUAAAAAUGGAGGAACGUGCAGAAGGCGCGAGGGCGAUUACACGUGCGAGUGCCUCAGUACCUUUAUGGGUAAAAACUGCGAGAUAUCAAUGAAAAAGGAUGCCUGCUACGCGAACGUAUGCAAAGGAGGAUCCACCUGCAUCAACAAAGUCAACGGCGGCUUCUUCUGUGAAAAUUGCCCAGUGACACCUUUGGAAAACGUCACACCUCUGUGUCAAUUAAAGUCGCGCAGUUUCGGACCCAUGACGUUCCUUACGUUUCCUUCGCUGAGGCAACGGCAUCGGUUCCACCUCAAACUGAAAUUCGCCACGGAGUCGUCGGAAGGCUUGCUUCUGUACAACGGACGAUACAACGAGAAGCACGACUUCAUCGCCCUGGAAAUCGUCGAGUCCAAAGUGCAGUUCAGCUUCUCGCUCGGGGACGAGAUAACGUCGGCGACCGCCGAAAUACCCGGCGGCGUGUCCGACGGCAAGUGGCACGAGGUGCAGGUGUCUUACGUCAAUCGAUCUGUGAUAGUCUCUCUCGACAACUGCGAUAUCGCGCUGGCUCUGAAGCACGGCGAGCGUCUGGGAGAGAAGUGGUCUUGCGCGAGCAGAAGCGAGCACAUUCUGCCGGAGCGUUGCGGCGACAUCACCGAGACCUGCCAUCGCUUCCUCGACCUGACGGGACCUCUGCAGCUGGGAGGACUACCCUCGAUCCCGGCCAACUUUCAAAUGCGCAAUCGAGACUUUAUCGGCUGCAUCAGUGAUUUUCACGUGGAUCACCAAUUCGUCGACUUGAAUUCCUUCGUGGCCGACAACGGAACUACCUCUGGUUGUCCCGAAAAACGGCCUUUUUGCGCAUCCAAUCCGUGCCACAACGACGGCAUCUGCAGAGAAGUUUACGCUGGCUUCAUCUGCGAAUGCGUCGAGGGCUUCGGCGGGCCACAAUGCGACGACGAAGUGGCCAAACCCUGGCACUUCCGAGGAAACGGUGUGCUCAGCUUCAAUCCGUUGCUCAAACCUAUACAGCUACCCUGGCUCACCGGAUUUAGCGUGAGAACGAGAGAUCAAUACGCUUUCAUCAUGACCAUUCAAAUAGGCCAGAACAGUUCGAUCUUGUUCGAAGUCAUCGGAGGUAAAUUAUCGGUGUUGCUGGACGGAGCCGAUGUCAUAAAAUCCUGGGUCGAGAUCGCCGAUGGAGAAUGGCACAGAAUCGAGGUGCGCUGGCAGACGGGACAAGUCGAACUCGAUAUCGACUACAGAAACAGACCGGUCGUUUUGUCGUUGCCGGAAAAGCUACAGGGAUUGUACGUCGGCAGAACGCUAAUCGGUGGUCCGGAUAAAUCGUUCAUUACCGAACUGCCGUUGUACAGCGGCUGUUUGCAAGACGUGAGAAUUGGAAAUAAUCACACGAUUCUUCAACGUCCCAUAAUCCAGGAAAAUGUAGCCUCUGGCUGCUUGAACGAUGGAGUAUGUCGAACUCAGUGUCCCGAUGACUCGACUUGUUUGAAAAAAUGGGAAUCGAGCGACUGUGUCUGCGAUGAAGGUCGAGUCGGCAUAGGCUGUGAAAAAAUCUGCGACAUCAAUCCCUGCAGCGAAGCUGGUAAAUGCGUCGCUAAUGUCAAUAGUCCAAAGGGAUACGACUGUCAGUGCAAAGCUCCAGAAUACUCGGGAGAAUACUGCGAAGUCAAAGCCGAACAACCAUGUCCAGCCACUUGGUGGGGCUCUCCGGUGUGCGGCCCAUGUCACUGCGACGAAUCGCAAGGAUACGAUCCGGCGUGUAACAAGACCACCGGCGAGUGCUACUGCAAGGAAAAUCAUUACCGACCAGUCGGGAGAAACGAGUGCAUACCUUGCGAAUGCUACUCGACGGGUAGUUACGGGCUCAGAUGCGACACUCUCACUGGACAAUGUCGAUGUAGGGCUGGAGUCAUAGGCAGGCAAUGCACCGCUUGCCCGAAUCCCUACGCCGAAGUGACUCUCAAAGGGUGCGAAGUUGUUUACGAUGGAUGUCCGAGAUCUUAUGCCGAAGGACUUUGGUGGCCUCGCACCAAGUUCGGUCAAGUGGCGAUAGAACACUGUCCAGGAAGCGCCGAAGGCAAGGCGUCGCGAAUGUGCUCCGACAAGCUCAACGGCUGGCAGGACGCCGAUCUGUUCAAUUGCACGUCGGAGGCAUUCAUCGAUCAGCGAUAUCAGCUGGCAGCUCUGGAAACGAACGACCUGACGCUGAACACCUACCUGGCCGUAAAAACGGCCAUGGAAUUGCACCGCGCGGUCAACGCGACUCGCACCAUGUACGGCGCUGAUCUGCUCGUCGCCGAGUCUUUGCUCACGGCGCUGCUGCGUUACGAGGAGAGCUUGGCCGGUUUGAAUCUCACGCACAGCCAAGACAAGGAUUACGUGGAGCAUCUUGUGGGUAUUACGGGCGCCGUUUUGCAAACUAAGUACGCCAGUAAUUGGUUGAGAAUCGAGAAGCUCACUGGCGAUGGCUCCGAAAAAAUUAUGAUGGCCAUGGCUGAGUACUUGAAGACGUUGGCGGUUUCCCAGCACGACACUUAUACGAGUCCUUUUGAAGUCGUUGAUCCAAGAGUUGUGUUAGGCUUGGAUAUCGUAACUACGGAAAGCUUGUUUGGAUAUGAAACUGCUGAAUACAAAGAAGUGAAUAACUUUACCCCGAGACCAACGGCUGCCGAUCAAAGAGUCAUCUUACCAGACACCUCGAGUUUUCUAGUUUCUCCGCAGCACAUGGGUCUUUCGAUAAGUUUUCCAAAAUACAACAACUACAUGCUCGACCCAAGCAAAUUCGACCCGUACUCGAAAAUUCAAGUGCCUCUCAGUCUGCUUGGAAUAAACCCCGUAGAUCAGGGUGAUCUUAACGUAAAAAACAGUCUAGGAAAUCGCAAAGCUGUACUAAGCUACGUGCAAUAUAAAGAACUUGGACACAUAUUACCCAAAAGAUUCGAUGAGUCUGUUACAAUACGGUGGGGAGUUGAAGUUGGAAUUGCAUCGCCAAUCGUUACCGUAUCUGUCUUAGUGCCAUCAGAAACUGGCUACGAAACAAUGACAGGAAUACCUCUCAAAUCACCAGUUCGAGUGCAACUUUGGUUGAGCGAAGACGAUGGCUUCAAAACGCGAAUAAAUCCUCAGUGCGUUCAUUGGAGUACGGCUAGAGGAAUCGGAGAAUGGAGUCGAAUAGGAUGCACGACGGAAGUGGACGAGGGCGUGACGAAUCUUGGAAUGAUGGUCAACUGCUCUUGCAUAAAAUUGUCGACUUUUGCCGUACUCACCGACAUCAUGGAUCUGGAAUACGUGCCGGAACCGUCGCUGCUCGAGGACGUGACGUCCUACAGCGCCUUCGUCGUGGCGUUGCCAUUGCUACUGACGACGAUUCUAAUAUUGGGCUCGAUUCGCGGUGGCGAGACCAAUUCCAACAACAUCCACAAGAACCUGAUACUCUGCGUUUUCAUGGCUGAGACGUUUUAUUUCGUAGCUUUAAAAGCUCGCCAUCAGCUGGUUGGAAACGAGUUUCCUUGCAAAAUUAUAGCAAUAGGAUUGCACUACUCGUGGUUGAGUACCUUCGCUUGGACUCUGGUGGACUCGAUUCACCUCUACCGAAUGCUGACCGAGAUGAGGGAUAUCAAUCACGGACAGAUGGGCUUUUACUAUACCAUGGGCUAUGGAAUUCCAGCAAUCAUCGUCGGACUGACUGUCGGUGUUAGGGCAGAUCAGUACGGCAAUUUUUACUUCUGCUGGUUAUCGAUUUACGAAAAUGUGAUAUGGGCUCUCAUCGGGCCGAUCUGUGCAAUGGUGUUCGUAAACUUUAGCGUGCUGAUAUUGUCGGUGCGAGUGGCUUUCACCCUGAAAGAUCACGUUAUGGGUUUCGGAAAUUUGAGGACCCUCCUGUGGUUGGCGGUAGCUUCGUUGCCGCUGCUUGGGACAACUUGGACUUUAGCCGUACUAUCUGCGUCGGAAAACUCGCCGACGCUGUCCUACAUGCUGAGCAUCGCCGUAGUCGUUCACGCGACCUUCAGUCUCGUUGGCUACUGCUUCAUCAACGGCAGAGUCCGAAGAAAUUUGUACUUGAGUUUGCUCAAGUGCAUCGGCAAGAAAGCACCGUUGCUCGAUGUCAGCAUGGUCAACGGGAGUAGUAGUCAAAAUGUCACGAGCGGCAUUACUCAACGGUCUGGGAUUGCGUACUCGUCGACAUACGGAGGGACCGACGGAAACUCAAAAAGAGCCAACGUCGGUGUGUCGACGAGCAGCACCACGUCUCGGAGUACCAACAAAACAAGCUCAAGUCCCUACAGAAGUGACAAUCAACUGCGCAACACCUCAACCUCGACCAGCAAUUACAACAGCGAUCGUGGAGCUUUCAUGUCUAAGCGAGGAUUUCUAUACGCAGAAACCACGCAACAGAAUCAAAAUGAAGAGAGGCAGGAAACGGAAUCGGACUCGGACACGACUCCACCAGACGGUAGAAUGCGUACUAUAGAACUGACCAAUUCGCACAGCUCGGACGAAGAAGCCGGCGCGAAGGCCCUGAAAAAUGCCGGCGUCAGUACGCAGCAGCAGAAACACAUACAGUAUCAACCCAACAUCCCCGAGGAAGCAUCCGGUGAAUCCAAUAAUGCCGCGAUAACUACCGAAACCCUCAACGUCUUGCACUGCUCCACUACCGAUCUCUUUCCCAAUAUCAAGCCCAUCUAUGCGCCCAGAUGGAGCUCUCAAUUACCGGAAGCCUACUUGCCAGGAAGUAAUUUGGACGCUCGAGGUAGCCAAUGGUCGGGCGGUACGAUGUCGGAUAACGAGUUGGCUUCGCAAAAGACAGCCAGUCCGAACCCUCUGACCUACGCCGAACUGAACCUGCAAACGAAAUUGCACGGCGACGAUAAUUUUGCCGAGCAGGACGAAAAGUACGGCGUGGUCGACAAAUACAUGUACCCGUACUCGCCGCCGGACGAGCUGCCGCCUCCAGUGCCUACGACGAUGUCGCCGACCCCCUACAUCCUGUCGGAUCCCUCGCGGAUCUUGAAUUCGAGUUUAAGCCAUCAUUCGCAGAUGUCGAAUCUCGACGGCUACGGCAGCACCGACAGGUACGGUAGUCUGAAGCGCGGAGGCAGUCUGCACGGCUCGUAUCACGACAGUCUGAACAACGGCCUGGACAGGUUCGGCAGCAUAAAGCGCGGCGGGGGCAAAAUGACGCCGACGCUGCUCGACGACUGCGCGACCGAUUACAUAAUGCCGAUCAGCAGUCGGACUCUCACCGAGUCCCUGAGUCACGAUCUUCAGCAGCACAGCAACGAGCUCGCGGCGCUGAGGCAGCUUCAGCUGCAGCAACAGCUGCAGUAUGAACACACAAUCGACGAGACUGAGGAAGAGGAAGGAUACUAGCAACGCAGAAACGUCCGUAUGACAAUCUUGUCCUAAAUAACAAACAAGCAGAAUCAAAGUAACAAAAUUUCGUACAAAGUUUUCAAAAUGAGAUAUAGAGAAUAAAGAAUAUUUUAGUAAUAGUCAUUUUUACACGCAAUGAUUAGAUUAUAAGCGUAAGUCAGAAAAGAAACGGUUAGUUAAUUAAGAUAGCCAUGACCGCAAUGAGAUAUAUAGUAGCCAUAUAUUGAAUCGCAAGUUUGCGUGAGAGUGCCUGUUUACAAAUUAUAUGUGCAUGCUAUUAAAUGUGUUUUCCCACUCUAGUUAUUAAUACGAAAAUGUUUGUAAUUAUUUGUUGAAUAAUUUAUUAUACCCACAGGAUAUUGUGUCUUAGUCAGUUUAGAUGGCAAACAUCGAACCUCUCAGACGUCGAACCUAAAGUAUAUAUUAUUAUGUAUGAUCUCUUCAUUGCUAUAUUAUAACUUCAUCUAUUGUACUCAUGCGUAUGAUAUUGAAAACAAUUGUCGUUACUUGUAAUUUAUGUACUUAACCAGCGCUAGAUAUCUCUAGACAUUUCAUACAUUCCAGUAUGUAUUUCAUGCAUUGUUUUCACCUUAUUUUUUUCAUCAUUAUGUAAGUAAAAUACGUGUCAUUUUCACGUUCUGUGAAAGUAUAAAAUGCA